AUGCAUCUCAAACGAGUUGGCCCGCAACACAAUCACCAGCCAAGAGAAGCGGAUGUUGCCUCUGCUGGAACCGAGCCUGGUCUGAGUAACGACGGCACCACUGGCGGCAACAAAGCUACGGGGCGACGGAGCACGAGUCUUGCAUUCCUGUCGGCGGAGAUAGAGGGAUCGGCGACAGGGGGAAACCACGGAGGCGAUCCCCGCGCCGAGCAUGCCGUAACCAAGGAGUCCAAGGCGGCGGCAUCGCAACACCAUCUGACGCUGCUCCAGCCGACUGUGGUCGAAGUUUCUGCAGUCGUGCUGGAUAAGGACAAGGUGGGGGAGCACGAGUCGGAGGGCCAGGUCGGUGGCUCUCCUCCUUCUGGUAGACGGGGGAGGCGUAGGCAGAGGAGGAGCGAUGGGGAGGACGAUUAUGACACCACCGUGCCCGGGGACCUCACCACGCGGGCAAAGAGGCGGCAGACGACAAGCAGUGCUGACAACGCCGGAGGCGAGGAAGUUGGGACAAUGCGAGGCGCCAAGGAAGCUAGUGGCAAGACGCGCGGUCAAGCAUUGCGCCAGAAGGGCCGACCCGCAGCAAGAAAAACAUCCGGCGGAAAGAGAGGCAAGAAAGCAGUCACAGGGACGAGGCAGAAACGGGGCGAUGAACACCCUAGUAAUACGGAGGAGGAGGAGGAUGAGGAGGAUGCGGAGGAAGAGGAGGAUAAAGAGGAUGCGGAGGAGGAUGACAUGGAUGUUGGGGAGGAUGAAAAAGAUGAGAAUGAUGGCGGGGAGGACAAAGAGGAGGAUGAGGAUAAGGAGGAGGAGGAGGAAGAGGAGGAGGAUAAGGAGGAGGAGGAGGAGGAGGAGGAGGAGGAGGAGGAGGAGGAGGAGGAGGAGGAGGAGGAGGAGAAACAGGGUGACGACGAGGAUGAGGAUGACGACGAGGAGGAGGCAGCAGAGGAGGAUGAGGAGGAGGAGGAGGAGGAGGAGGAGGAGGAGGAGGAGGAGGAGGAGGAGGAGGAGGAGGAGGAGGAGGAGGAGGAGGAGGAGGAUGUGGCGCCAGUGAAGGGACGGGGCGGGCGUGGCAGACGGGUGAGUGGUAAAGGGAAGGUGGGGGGCCGGACUCGCCCUUCCCGAAAACGCGGGGCAGUUAACGCCGCGCGCGGCGAAGCAUCGGGAAAAUAG